ACUGUCCAUGCCCUUUGGACUGACAAACAACAAAGCAAACAUACAAAUCACCUACUAGAGUACUUUAUUAACAACAUCCAUGAACUCAUGACACAUCCUCUCCUCUUCAUCUAUCUCACUGUCUCUGUCUAUAUCCUUGUAGAUUGUAAUGACAACUUUGAGCAACACUCCUCAUGUUGAUCUUCAAGAAUCCAACAUUAUUGCUCAAGAGGUUCACAGAGCUUCAAGCUUUUCUGCUUCUGAGAUUCUGGGGGCUGCAGAUAAGAGGAGAGAAUCUUGUGUUUCAGAGUGUUCAGUUGAGCUUGUGGAUCUGGAAAGUGGGGUCCAUGAUACCAAGCUGCAUUUGUCAAAAUGUGAGAGGGAUUGUAGGAUUUGUCAUAUGACUUUAGAUUCUUCUUAUCAAGAAUCUGGAGUGCCUAUGGAAUUGGGAUGUUGUUGUAAAGAUGAUCUGGCUGUUGCACAUAAACACUGUGCUGAAACCUGGUUCAAGAUUAAGGGCAACAAAACUUGUGAAAUUUGUGGAUCAGUUGCAGAAAACGUCUCCUGCGCAAAUGAGGCAGAGUUGCUAGAGCAGUGGAAUGAAGCUAAUGAUGUUGCUACCAUAGCUCUACCAUUGUCCUCCACAGAGACUCGAAACUUCUGGCAAGGCCAUCGUUUUCUCAACUUCUUGCUGGCCUGUAUGGUGUUUGCGUUUGUCAUCUCAUGGUUGUUUCAUUUUAAUGUUCCUUCAUGAUUUCUAUAAGUUUGGCUUCUAGAAAUAUGUUAUUCUGUAUUUGUUGGCCGUAGCUACUUGUGUUUUGUUUAUAGUUGUUUCAUCCUGUUUGUUUACAUGCUUUAGUAGUAUUGCCCUUUAGUUUUCAUGCCUGAA